GGCGGGGACAGAGGUCCUGGUGCAAGGGCGCCCGUCCGCGGCGACCCAGAGGGCCAGAAGUAGGGAACCGAGAGGGCCUCCCAAGGCCAGCUCAUGAGAGCUCUUCUGGGAAGUGAGGUCAAACUGUCCUGAAGACGCCUGCAGCAGCUGUUGGUCCAGGGACCUUGGAGCAACCACUGAUGGGCCCGGUCGGUUUACACAACAUUGGACAGACGUGCUGUCUUAACUCCCUGAUCCAGGUGCUUGUUAGAAAUGUCGGAUUCGCCAAGAUACUGAAGAGGAUAACGGUACCAGGCGGAGUUGAGGAGCAGAGGAAGAGUGUCCCCUUCCAGCUGCUCUUGCUGCUGGAGAAGAUGCAGGACAGCCGGAAGAAGGCGGUGCAGCCCACGGAGCUGGCCUACUGUCUGCAGAAGUACAACAUUCCGCUGUUUGUCCAGCACGACGCUGCCCAGCUCUACCUCACAGUCUGGAACCUGAUCAAGGACCAGAUCACAGAUGUGGACUUGGUGGCAAGGCUGCAAGCCCUCUACACCAUCCGCUUGAAGGAGUCCUUGGCCUGUCUUGAAUGUACCUCGGAGAUGGGCAGAAACAGCAGCAUGCUGGCCCUCCCCCUGUCUGUCUUUGAUAUGCACUGGAAGCCCCUGAAAACGCUGGAGGACGCCCUCCACUGUUUCUUCCAGCCCCAGGAGCUGUCCAGCACAGACAAGUGCUUCUGUGGGAGCUGUGGCAGGAAGACUCGCUGGAAGCAGGUCUUGACACUGACCCACUUGCCCCAAACACUGACCAUCCACCUCAUGAGAUUCUCCAUCAGAAACCUGCGGGCAGAAAAAGUCUGCCACUCCUUGUAUUUCCCCCAGAGUCUGGAUCUAACCAAGCUCCUUGAGACAGAGGGAGAGCCCUGCAGUGCUGAGGAGCAGCGUGGAGGGCACUAUGAGCUCUUUGCUGUGAUCGCCCACGUGGGGAAUGCUGACUACGGUCACUACUGUGCCUACAUCCGGAGUUCUGAAGAUGGAGAAUGGUUCUGCUUCAAUGACUCCAAUGUUUGUUGGGUGUCCUGGAAAGACGUCCAGUGUACCUAUGGAAAUCACAACUACCGCUGGCGGGAGACUGCCUAUCUCCUGUUCUACGUGAAGACCGAGUCCUAAUGGAUGUUCCCUAAACCGUCAGAGGCCUGCAGAGUAUCAUCUUCCUUUUCUGUUCCUGUCUCUGCAGAGUCUUGUAAGAAGCUCUGCAGUGAGGAGAGGCACCAUUUUCAAACUGUUUACAUUUUAUUUAUAAUCAGUGGUAAUUUUUGAAAUAUUUAGCAGUGACACUACACAGGUCUGGAUCAGUCAGAAUGGGUUCCACUGGAGAUCUCAAGGCUGGAUCAGAUCAGGUGUGGAUUGUUCCUGCUGUACAAGGCAUAGAUCCUUUAGCUGGGAGCUGCAGAGUCCACGUGCUCCCAGGGGAGGAGAGACCAGGCCAGUGCUGGUAGCAGGAGGCAGUUGGGCAACAAAGGGCUGUGGUCAGGAAUUAUUUCAAUAUUCUAUAGCUAAUGUGACUAUACUGGUAGGUACUGAUUGUAUAUCAUUUCUAUUUAUAAUUUUAAAAACUUUGAGGGCUUCUCUAGUGGCUCAGUGGUAAAGAAUCCACCUGCCAAUGCAGGAGACAUGGGUUUGAUCCCUGAUCUGGGAAGAGCCCACAUGCUGUGGAGCAACUAAGCCUGUGCAGCACAACUACUGAGCCUGUGCUUGGAGCCCGGGAGCCACAAGGAUGGAGCUCACGUGCCCUAGAGCCUGUGCUCCGAAACGGGAGAAGCCGCUGCAGUGAGAAGCCUGUGUGCCACAACUGGAUAGCAACCCCCGCUCAACACAGCCAGAAAAAAGCUCUCACAGCAACAAAGACCCAGCACAGCCAAAAAUGAAAAAGAAAAAAAUUUUAAUGUGUAUCAAUUACAUGAAACUCAAGUGCUUUG